ACCGACGACCCGUCGCCGUGAUGCAUUCUGGGCCUUGGCAAUAUGGCUGCCUCCUUGGUGUGCUGCUGAGGGAAGUUGGGCUGUCCGGCAACCCGGGACACUUUCCUUCUGUUUCCCGGACCCGCUAUCUGGGGACUUUUUUACGCAAAGAGGAGCCACCAGCUGCCCGAAGCGGGGGACAUGAUGGGCCUAACUGGGCUGUCGUCGCAGCAGCCGGGCAGAGAGCAAGUACCCCCGCAGGGGUAGGGACUUUUCCCCUCCCUGGCCACCGGCGACCACAAGCUCUCGGAUACAGGCCCAGGAAGGAGAGCCUAUCCCAGCGCCUGAACCGGACUUGUCGUGGGUGAGCCGCUUUUCUGCUAUACCCUCUCCAAGGAUAGGCAUAGCUACGCGUGGAACAGAAGUGCCUACGGCCAAACCUGCAAGCUCCAUCCUUACUGCCUGUUAUUUUGUCUGAUAUAGGAUCCCGACCUACAUUCUUAUAGUUCAGCCUUGAACGGGGGACCAUGUUGUAAAACUGCCCAUCGUUGAAGUUCAUAUUGUGACAGUAAUCCUGCGCUAAGAAUCUUCAUAUUUAAAUCCAGCCCAGAGAUCAACCCAUUGAGGCUCUGGUUCUGUAUAUUUCAACAAGAUCCCCCCGGCAACCUUCCACCCCAAACUUUGUUUAACAAGGACAUAUGUUGAACAGCAGCUUCCACUAAAUCUCAGUCUGGGCUCCUACUGUUGUUUGAAAAGAGAUUCCUGAUCUGAUUCUCCACCCUUGAUAGGAACUUUCUCACAUCUCAACAGAUCUUCCAUUGCCUGUAGUCUCUCUCUGUGGUAUAAGGCAUCAACUUUACCCUGAAGAAGUCUGCCAAACUUGCCCUGCUAAUACAGUAGCUUUUACAUUUCACCCAUUAAUUGGCCAUGAUUAGACCACUCCGCUAGAUUCCCAAUUACAAGUCACAUUCUUCUACCUAAAAUAGUUCUAGGUUCAUCUUCUCAAACUUUGUUGUGAACAAAUACUCCCGAAUGUCAUUUCUGUUAGACUAAAUCAUAGUUUCUAUUGUGAACAAGAACCUGUUUCAGUAAAGACAGUUAUUUAUAGCCACAUUAUAUCUCUCAUAUAGUGAGAGAACAGUGACAUGUGAACUGCAUCCUAUUUCUGAAGAAGGCAGAAAAAAGGAUCUGCAUACACAUCUCUGACUCAUUACUUAGAUAGUGGUUAUCUGUUUGUUUAAGGAUUGCAUCAUUCCUUAAGUUUUCUCAUUUUAAGUAGGAAUCCCACAGUUGCUGAGUAGCAGACAUUGCACUCUCUGGAACAAUAGCACUCACAAAUCCACUUUGAAGAGUGCCCCUUCCCAGAAAACUUCAUCUAGAACAGGAAUUGCCAGAUUAUCUUGUUCUCCGAGCUACUUUUCUCUGGACAUUGUGUUGGAGUGGAGGUUUCUGAUCACUGGUUACUUGGCUCCUUUUCCUGUAAUGGAGUCUGAUAUGCUGCAGUCACCCCUCCUAGGGCUUGGAGAGGAAGAUGAGUCGGACAUGACUGACUGGAAUCUGCCCUUGGCGUUCAUGAAGAAGAGACACUGUGAGAAAAUUGAGGGCUCCAAGUCACUGGCUCAGAGCUGGCGGAUGAAAGACCGGAUGAAGACUGUUAGUGUCGCCUUAGUGUUGUGUCUAAAUGUUGGUGUAGACCCUCCUGAUGUGGUGAAGACAACUCCAUGUGCCCGUCUUGAGUGCUGGAUAGAUCCUCUGUCAAUGGGGCCGCAGAAAGCUCUGGAAACCAUUGGUGCAAAUUUGCAGAAACAGUACGAAAACUGGCAACCAAGGGCUCGGUACAAGCAGAGUCUUGAUCCUACAGUGGAUGAAGUAAAAAAGCUAUGUACCUCAUUGCGUCGAAAUGCCAAGGAAGAGAGAGUUCUCUUUCACUACAAUGGACAUGGUGUCCCCAGACCAACAGUAAAUGGAGAAAUUUGGGUCUUCAACAAGAACUAUACUCAGUACAUCCCGUUAUCCAUAUAUGACCUACAGACAUGGAUGGGCAGUCCCUCUAUUUUCGUAUAUGAUUGCUCUAACGCUGGCCUUAUUGUCAAAUCUUUCAAACAGUUUGCCCUGCAGAGGGAGCAGGAGCUUGAGGUGGCUGCAAUAAACCCAAACCAUCCUCUGGCUCAGAUGCCCUUGCCCCCUUCCAUGAAAAAUUGCAUUCAGCUGGCAGCAUGUGAAGCCAGUGAGUUGUUACCGAUGAUCCCUGACCUGCCAGCUGACCUGUUCACAUCUUGUCUUACUACACCAAUCAAGAUUGCGCUGAGAUGGUUUUGCAUGCAGAAGAGUGUGAGACUGGUACCAGGAGUCACACUGGAUUUAAUAGAGAAAAUUCCUGGGAGGCUAAAUGACAGAAGAACACCUCUAGGAGAAUUGAAUUGGAUCUUUACAGCCAUCACAGAUACAAUUGCAUGGAACGUCCUACCCCGAGACCUUUUCCAAAAGCUCUUCAGGCAGGAUCUACUAGUGGCAAGCCUCUUUCGAAACUUCUUAUUGGCAGAAAGGAUAAUGAGAUCUUACAACUGCACACCAGUUAGCAGUCCUCGUCUACCUCCGACUUACAUGCAUGCCAUGUGGCAAGCUUGGGACCUGGCUGUGGAUAUAUGCCUUUCUCAGUUGCCCACCAUUAUAGAGGAAGGAACUGCCUUCAGGCACAGCCCGUUCUUUGCUGAACAGUUAACGGCAUUUCAGGUAUGGCUAACAAUGGGAGUAGAAAACCGCAAUCCACCUGAACAGCUUCCCAUUGUACUGCAGGUGCUGUUAAGUCAAGUUCAUCGGCUGCGAGCUCUUGAUUUACUGGGACGAUUUUUGGACCUGGGUCCUUGGGCUGUUAGCCUGGCUUUGUCUGUUGGCAUUUUCCCUUAUGUGUUAAAGCUUUUACAGAGUUCUGCUCGAGAACUAAGACCUCUUCUGGUCUUCAUCUGGGCCAAAAUUCUUGCAGUGGACAGUUCAUGCCAAGCUGACCUUGUGAAGGACAACGGUCACAAAUAUUUCCUUUCUGUUUUGGCAGAUCCCUACAUGCCGGCUGAACACAGAACAAUGACAGCUUUCAUCCUGGCAGUGAUUGUCAACAACUACAAUACCGGGCAGGAAGCUUGUCUUCAAGGGAACUUGAUUGCCAUUUGUCUGGAGCAGCUGAAUGAUCCACACCCUCUUCUGCGCCAGUGGGUGGCUAUUUGCUUGGGGCGUAUUUGGCAGAAUUUUGACUCAGCAAGGUGGUGUGGUGUGAGGGACAGUGCCCAUGAAAAGCUCUACAGCCUUCUCUCUGAUCCAAUCCCAGAGGUUCGCUGUGCAGCAGUCUUUGCUCUUGGCACCUUCGUAGGCAAUUCGGCUGAGCGGACUGAUCAUUCUACUACCAUUGAUCACAAUGUUGCAAUGAUGUUGGCCCAGCUCAUCAACGAUGGAAGUCCCAUGGUCCGAAAGGAGUUGGUGGUGGCAUUGAGUCACCUCGUGGUCCAGUAUGAAAGCAAUUUCUGCACUGUUGCCUUGCAGUUUAUGGAAGAAGAAAAGAACUAUGCACUACCAUCACCAGCUGCUCCAGAGGGUGGAAGCCUGACUCCAGUACGAGACAGUCCAUGCACACCAAAACUCCGUUCUGUCAGUUCCUAUGGGAACAUAAGAGCAGUCACCACAGCUAGGAAUCUGAAUAAGUCUCUGCAGAAUCUCAGCCUAAAUGAAGAAACUGGGAGCUCUGUUGCAUUUUCCCCUGGGAACUUGAGCACCAGCAGUAGUGCAAGCAGCACCUUGGGCAGCCCUGAAAAUGAAGAGUAUAUCCUGUCUUUUGAGACCAUUGACAAGAUGAGAAGAGUCAGCUCCUACUCAUCACUGAAUUCACUGAUAGGGGUUUCUUUCAACAGUGUUUACACACAGAUUUGGAGAGUCCUGUUACACUUGGCUGCUGACCCAUACCCAGAUGUUUCAGACUUGGCUAUGAAAGUGCUGAACAGCAUUGCUUACAAGGCGACUGUAAAUGCCCGCCCUCAGCGCAUCCUUGAUACUUCUUCUCUCACUCAGUCUGCCCCAGCCAGUCCUACCAACAAGGGCAUGCACAUACACCAAGUGGGAGGGUCACCACCAACCACCAGCACCAGUAGCUCCAGCUUGACCAACGAUGUGACAAAGCCACCUGUCAACCGGGACAUGUCAUCUGUAAGAUCUGGAAAUGUGGGCAACAUGGGGGUGCAAUACACUCCCCACUCCCACCAGUUUCCUAGGACAAGGAAAAUGUUUGACAAGGGCCCAGAUCAGACAGGUGAUGAUGCUGAUGAUACUGUGGGGCAUAAAAACUUCAUGUCAGCAGCAAUGCAGACGGGUUUUUGUGACUGGAGUGCCAAGUAUUUUGCCCAGCCAGUGAUGAAGAUUCCAGAAGAACAUGAUUUGGAGAGCCAGGUCCGCAAAGAAAGGGAGUGGCGGUUUCUGCGCAAUGCCAGAGUCCGAAAGCAAGCACAGAAAACCAUCCAAAAAGGUAUUUCACGACUAGAUGAUCAAAUCUUUCUGAACAGGAACCCUGGUAUGCCUUCAGUGGUUAAAUUUCACCCGUUCACCCCAUGUAUAGCAGUGGCUGACAAAGACAGCAUCUGUUUUUGGGAUUGGGAAAAAGGAGAAAAGCUGGACUAUUUUCACAAUGGAAACCCACGCUACACAAGGAUCACUGCCAUGGAAUAUUUGAAUGGACAAGACUGCUCUCUGCUCCUGACUGCUACAGAUGAUGGUGCUAUUAGGGUGUGGAAAAACUUUGCUGACCUAGAGAAGAAUCCAGAGAUGGUAACAGCUUGGCAGGGUUUGUCAGACAUGCUGCCAACGACACGUGGUCUGGCCCGAAGGGUUUCAAUCUAUCUUGACAGAAGUAAACAGGGAGGAGCAGGGAUGGUGGUGGACUGGGAACAAGAAACUGGCCUUCUCAUGACUUCUGGAGAUGUACGAAUUAUACGAAUCUGGGAUACAGACCGAGAAAUGAAAGUUCAGGAUAUUCCCACGGGGGCUGACAGCUGUGUCACCAGCCUGUCUUGUGACUCUCAUCGCUCACUCAUUGUAGCAGGACUCGGUGAUGGCUCUGUUCGUGUUUAUGACAGGCGGAUGGCUCUCAGUGAAUGCCGUGUGAUGACCUAUCGAGAGCACACAGCCUGGGUGGUGAAAGCAUAUUUGCAGAAACAUCCUGAAGGCAACAUCAUGAGUGUCAGUGUUAAUGGAGAUGUUCGUUUCUUUGACCCAAGAAUGCCAGAGUCGGUGAAGGCCCUGCAGAUAGUAAAAGGACUGACAGCUCUCGACAUUCACCCACAAGCCAACCUGUUUGCAUGUGGCUCUAUGAAUCAAUUCACUGCAAUCUACAAUGGGAAUGGUGAACUGAUCAACAAUAUCAAGUACUAUGAUGGAUUCAUGGGCCAGAGAGUGGGCGCCAUCAGCUGCCUAGCCUUCCAUCCACACUGGCCUCACCUAGCAGUUGGAAGCAAUGACUACUACAUCUCUGUGUACUCAGUGGAGAAACGGAUCAGAUAACAGUAUGUGUGGCUGCUUUGUCAGAGCAGGACAUCUUCUGGCAAGCGGGACCAUUUUUCAUUCAUGAUGUACAUAGUGAAACUAUCGACUUGAAUGUUAAGUGUUGGCUGCUGCUGCUGUGCAACCCCCAUAACUUGAACACUUUUUUUCCUCCUGAUUUAGCUACUGAUUAUUUUGAGUCAGAAGGGAGGAAGAGAAGCAGCCUCUUGCUUUUCUUCGCAGCCAGAACCCCCAGGAGCUACAGAAAAGGAGCAUUUAUAUUUUCACCGGUUCCACCACUACUGCCUGUGACUGCUGCUCUAAUGGCUUGGCAAUAUGGCUCCUAUGAACUAAUAAGACAAUUUCUUCCUGGAAGAAGGGUGGAGUUUCCUUUAAAUCAGGAAUUAAUUCAGAACUUACCUACUGUUCUACAUAUUCUACCUAGAACACCUGUGGUUGCUGCCUAUUUUGUGCCAAGUGCUAGCCCCAGCAGUCGCAUGGUUGCAGGUUGCCUGGUCUUGGAUAGUUCUGUGUGUAUCUUUCUACUCUAAAUGCCACCGUUCAACUUCUCUAGCAUUUACUGUUCCUCUGCAAGUAGACAAAAGGAAUUAGUGGAAACCCUAAGGAAGAGAAAGUCUCAAUGCUGCAGAAAAUACUAGAGAUGAUUACCACUGUGAAGGCGAAAGCAGGAAACUACACCCACUCCCUGGGUGCCCAUUGGGAAACAGGAAUGACACAUUUGAGUAGCUGCAUUGGUGCAUGUGACAGGACAGGAGGCCUUCCCCUCUUAUGUCCUCUCAAUCCAUAAGUUGCUCCAGCCAUCCUCUGCUCCUUUUGCUCACAACAACCCCAUAAGCACAAGAAAAGCCCUGCUACCUCUGCAAUGACAGCAAGGAGUUCCCUUAUCAUUAUACCACUGCCUUAAAUCCUGCCCCCUCCUCCUGCUCUCCUUUUGCAGAAGUGCUAUUAUUCCGCUUGGUAAUGGAUGCAGAUAUUUGCAGCACACAUACAGAUCAGGCCUGUGCAGGAAUCCCUCUUCCCAUCCGCCCCCACUUCAGGCACUUGCACCUAGGCUGAACGUGGGGGAAGCUAUUUGUAUACCUGACCCCCUGUGUAUGUGACUGCAUGCAUUUGUGCUGAAGCAAGAGAACUCUUGGUGUUUCUGCUUUCUAGAGAAUGCUGGUUCCAUCUCACAUGCCACCCAUCUCCCGGACAAAGAAGAUCCCAAUCCCUUUAGUGCCCAGGGGAAGAUAAUCCCAAUUAAAUAACUGCCUGAGUAGUUUAGGGUACAAAGACAAGAAGACCUUUGCACUACAUUGUGCAGCUAUUUAGGCAUCAGCUCCAAAAGGAAUUACCUACAAAGAUGCAGAGAGGCAUGGCAAUGUAGUUUUGCAAAUAAUGUUGUCACUUGUGAUAGCAUUAAGAGUAGAUCUAGUAUCCAGUUCAUCUUGCAUUAUGGAUGUCAGCUUUGCCUUGCUUGCAAAAUCCAUUUCCUGAAGCCUGCUCUAUGAAUUUUCUUUUCAGGCUGAGAGCUACCAUGUGAGACUCUAGGCAGAAGCCAAGGAGGAUUGCUCAUAGGGCUAGAAACAUAUACUGAAGGCCCACCAAAAUUAAGUGGUGAGAAUAAAACCAAGAAGUAACUUGACACAUUGGUUUGCUGACCCAUUGGGAUCAGUUGUGCUCAGAUGUACAGUCUUGGCUCCCAUUGCCAUGCCUGUCCCUCUGGAAGUGGCAGUGAACUCAGGGAAGGACAGAUAAUUGAAGGAUUUUGCUAACAAGCAUUAAGCCAGAAUCUGAAAUCCAUGUAUAACUGACUUAACGUACAUAAUUAAAAACAAAUGAGAAUAUGA